AUGAAAUAUUCAUAUGUUCAAUUGAAUGAUUUACCUGAUGAAAUUCUUAUGAUUAUUUUUAAAAAAUUGCCUAAGACGGAAGUACUGUAUUCUUUAUUAGGUGUCAAUAAACGAUUAAACAAAAUACUACAUGAAUCUGUUUUUACUAAUGACUUGCCCCUUCUGAUGUAUACAUCGAAUGGUUUGGUUUAUUCGUUACCUGAUUCAAUACUUGAUCGAUUUUUUUCACAUAUUUUACCUAAAAUUCAUCAAAAAAUCGAAUGGCUUCAUCUUGAAUCAGGAUCAAUGGAACGUAUUCUUCUUGCUACAAAUUAUCCGAAUCUAUAUGCAAUUAGUUUAUAUAAUAUUCAACCAAAAACAGCUAUGGAUCUUUUGACUAAUGAAACUUCUGUAAUUUCUACCUUGAAAAAUCAACUUUUAUCAUUAACUAUCGACAUUAGUACACAGGGAUUACAAGGUUGCCAAUCAAAUAAUAACGCAAUUAUAUUUAAUCUUAUCUUUGCUAUGUUCACUAAUUUACAAAGUUUAAAUUUUGGUCGGUCUUCACUUUACGAUGAACGAUUAUUCUUUUGUAUGACACGUCCAACUGUUUUCUCUACAAAUUUAUUAGAAUUACAUAUCUGCUUGGAAACUUUUUAUGAUUGUCUUUAUUUACUUAAUGGACAUUUCAAUCAACUUCGUACACUUUAUGUUGAUGUUGGUGUGAUUUUCUCUUCGAAUAGAAGAGUCAACAAUACGAAAAAACUACCUACUUUAAAAUGCUUUCGGUUACAAUGUAAUUCGAUGACAAGUGUUUAUGAUGAAUUAGUUGUACCACUUUUACAUCGAAUGAUAAAUUUAGAAAAACUUGAUUUGUACAUUAAUGUUGGCGAAAGAAAAACAUUUUUUGAUGGUAAUGAUUUGAAGAUGAAUAUUAUUGAUCAUAUGUCACAAUUAAACAAAUUCACAUUUAAUAUUCGUUCAUUAAGUAGUUUUUAUAAUGAAAUUAAUUUACCAUCGAAUGAAAAUAUUCAAAAGACAUUUAGAGAUUUUAACGAUAAACAAAUUAUCUAUUGGGCUGAUUAUUUUCCAGAAAGAAAAAAAGGUCAUUAUCGUAUUUAUUCAUAUCCAUAUAAAUGGAAAUAUUACGAUGAUAUAACAAAUAAUUUUCCAGGUGAAAUAUUUAAAUAUGUUCGUACAGUAUCAUUCUAUGAUGAACGCCGUUUUGAAGAUGAAUUUUUCUUUCAUCUUGAAUCACUUUCAAUGGAACGUAUUCUUCGUGUUACAAAUUAUCCUAAUUUAUACGGAAUUAGUCUACAUAAUAUUCAAGAAAAAACAGCUGUAGAUCUUUUUACUGAUGAAACUUCCAUAAUUCGUACAUUGAAAAAUCAACUUUUAUCACUUACUACUAUCGAUAUUAGUACAGACAGAACACAACAUGAUCUAAUAAACAAUAAUGCAAUUAUAUUUUAUCGUAUCUUUACUAUGUUCCCUAAUUUACAAUAUUUAAAUUUUGGUCCAUCUUCAAUACGCGAUGAACAAUUAUCCUUUUUUUUUACACGUCUAACUGUUAUUUCUACAAAUUUGUUAGAAUUACAUGUCAGCUUGACAAGUUUUUAUGAUUGUCUUUAUUUACUUGAUGGACAUUUCAAUCAACUUCAUACAUUUUAUAUUGAUCUCGUUAUCAUUGGCUAUUUGAAUAGAAGAGUUAACAAUAUGAAAAAACUACCUACUUAG